UUAAGGGAGGGGCGGUUGCGGCUGGGGUCCGCCGGGAUUAGUGCGGUGGGCGCGCCUCUGGCCGCCAUUUCUCAGCGUUUCCCCGGAGUCGCCCCCUCGCCGCCUCACGCGGCCCUCUCCCCUCUAGUGGCCUCGAGUGGUCGCCGCCAGUGACAAGAUGUUGAGCUUCUUCCGCAGGACGCUCGGGCGCCGCUCGAUGCGCAAACAGGCCGAGAAGGACCGGCUCCGUGAGGCCCAGCGCGCAGCCACGCACAUCCCUGCGGCCGGGGACGCGCGGUCCGUGAUCACUUGCCGGGUGUCUCUUCUGGAUGGGACCGACGUCAGCGUGGACUUGCCGAAAAAAGCCAAAGGACAAGAGCUAUUUGAUCAGAUUAUGUACCACUUGGACCUUAUUGAAAGCGACUAUUUUGGACUGAGAUUUAUGGAUUCAGCACAAGUAGCGCAUUGGUUAGAUGGUACAAAAAGCAUCAAAAAGCAAGUAAAAAUUGGUUCACCCUAUUGUCUGCAUCUUCGAGUUAAGUUUUAUUCCUCAGAACCAAACAACCUUCGUGAAGAACUGACCCGGUAUUUAUUUGUUCUUCAGUUAAAACAAGAUAUUCUCAGUGGAAAAUUAGAGUGUCCCUUUGAUACAGCGGUUCAGUUGGCAGCUUACAACUUGCAAGCUGAACUUGGUGACUACGACCUUGCUGAGCACAGUCCUGAACUUGUGUCUGAGUUCAGGUUUGUGCCUAUUCAGACAGAAGAGAUGGAGCUCGCUAUAUUUGAGAAAUGGAAAGAAUACAGAGGUCAGACACCAGCACAAGCUGAAACCAAUUAUCUGAAUAAAGCCAAGUGGUUAGAAAUGUAUGGGGUUGAUAUGCAUGUGGUUAAGGCCAGAGAUGGGAAUGACUACAGCUUGGGACUGACCCCAACAGGAGUCCUUGUUUUUGAAGGAGAGACCAAAAUUGGCUUAUUUUUUUGGCCCAAGAUAACCAGAUUGGAUUUUAAGAAGAAUAAACUAACGUUGGUGGUUGUAGAAGAUGAUGAUCAGGGCAAGGAGCAGGAGCAUACGUUUGUCUUUAGGCUGGACCAUCCCAAAGCAUGCAAACAUUUAUGGAAAUGUGCUGUGGAGCAUCAUGCCUUCUUCCGCCUGCGAGGCCCUGUCCAAAAGAGUUCUCAUCGAUCAGGAUUUAUUCGAUUAGGAUCACGGUUUAGAUACAGUGGGAAAACUGAGUAUCAGACCACUAAGACCAAUAAAGCAAGAAGAUCAACAUCCUUUGAAAGAAGGCCCAGCAAGCGGUAUUCUCGACGAACUCUGCAAGUGAAAGCAAGUACAGGAAAACCUGAAGAACUCAGUGUUCACAACAAUGUUUCAGCUCAGAGUAAUGGUUCCCAACAGGCUUGGGGUGUGAGGUCCACUGCGCCUGUGCUUCCUUCUGUCCCCUCUGGUCCUGUGGUGGUGGAGGUCGAGAAUCUUCCAAGGAGUCCUGGAGCAGACCAGCACGACAAGAAAUGCUUGCCUCUGAGGAUUGAUUUGCUAGAUAGUCCAGACUUACUGGAAACAACCGCUAAUGACGUAGCUGGGGCACCUGACACCAUGGACACCCCCCAAGCCCCAGGUGAAGUGAGCACAGCCACCAGGCAGGCUGGGUUAGAGGGACCUGAAGCAUUCAUAGAUUCCUCAGAGAAGCUCAAACACCUUGAAAUGGAAAGCAGUCCUGUGCCAGCUCCUCACCCCAAGGUGGAUGUUAAUAUUAACAACCAGGAGGAAGUGGUAAAGUUAACCGAGAAAUGUCUGAAUAAUGCCAUCGACAGCCCAGCGCUGAAUACCAGGAGAGUUCCUCCUGACUUGAAGAGCAAUAUUUUGAAGGCUCAGGUAGAAGCAGUGCAGAAGGUUACAAGAGAAGAUUGCUUAUUAAGUCAUAAAAAUGCCGGUGUUCAGGAUGCUUCCACAGACAGUGGUGAAUUAAAUGAGAACACUGUGCCCGUCCGUGGAGACUCUCUGGCUCUGAUGCGAACCACACCUGCAGAAAGUGGGUCUGCUCUAAAGGAUGCUACAGAUGAACUGGAUGCCUUGCUGUUGUCUCUAACUGAGAAUCUCCUUGACCACACAGCCACGCCUCAGGUAUCUUCAACGUCAGUGAUCACACCCCGUUGGAUUGUGCCACAGAGCACUGUCCUUCCUAAUGGGCUUGCGGGAAAUGAGUUUUCCCUGACUGGGAAGGAAGGGCUGGGCAGCAGAGAGCUCAUCUCUCCCCCAGCGCCAUUCUUGGUGGACGCCGUGACCAGCUCUGCUCCAGCCUCAGCUGGAGAAGCCGCCUUGAAGCAGAAGUGUUUGCUGACGACUGAGCUCUGAGGGAUGGCCGCUCUGUGCUGUGACCCAAGGCCGGGCCCCCAGCCGUCCAUCCCAGAGUCCACUUCUGCUGGAGCCAGUUCUGCACUAGUGGGUGAAAAGCUCACCUGGUUUAGACUUCAGUUCCGUGAAAAAGCAGCUACAUUUCCGUCCAACUGGAAGGGCUAAUUACACUACACUUUUGCCCAAGUGACGCAAUACAGUCUUUUACUUUCCCUGAUUCUGUUGAAGUUGUGAAUUCCUAACGGUGGGAAUGCCUUUCCCUGUGGUUUCCUCCAAGCUCUUGGCUCCACCUAGUGGAUGUGACUAUUCACAACGCCCCCUUGGGUGGGCUGUCCCUGGUGGUCAUCUUCGGCCUGGCAAAGGUUACUUCUCUCACUGGUAUCAAGGUGAGUGUCCUUGAAUGCCUGCUAGAGAAAUUGUACCUUUCUGUGCAUUGCCUGGAAAUCGGGGAUUUAGAUAGAUUCAUGACUACUAAAGAGAAGUUUUUAGAAUACAGAGGACUUUCGAUGCUUCCCAUACUUUUGACUUUUUGCUGGACUGGCUGUCUUAACACUUCAAGUUUACAUCGAGGUAAGAUAGACCUUGAGAAGAACUACAGAAAAGUCAGUUGCCUGGCAUGUGCUUCCAGCCCAGCCUCCCUUCAGGAAGCAUGUCUACAUGGCCCUCACACACCUGUCACUUUUUGGUCUGGAAGGGGUGGGGAGGGUUGCAGAGACCCUGAGGCAUUUCUUCCAGGCACCCACACUUCUUCCUGGGCCACAUGGGGCUGAAGGCCAUGCUGACUCAGGGACUGAAGGAGAGCACAGUAGUUUCUGGGCACCUCUUUGGAUAAAGGCUCUAUUUCUUUUUAAUGUAAGCUGAAUAAACUUAGAUUUUGUAAACUGAAGGAAAAAAUACCAGGAUAGAAAUAGGGGAUUCGGUUAGGGGGAUUCACAUCUGAAACUAAAUGCAGGUAUUGAGAGAAUGUUAGGGUUUUAUGUUAGUUUAAAGGGGUUCUUUCUAAUUUCCUCAUUACUUUCCAUCUGUACAGAAAGUUCUGGUUGUUAAGGUGUUAUAUGCUCAUUAUAGAAAAUAGAGAAAAGAAUUUCAACACCCAGAAAAAUACUCUUUUAGCUUUAAAACUUUGGAAUGUGUAAAGUAAACUUCAUUUGCCGUGGGGAAUGAGGGUGAUCUGGAAACCGUGUUGGGAAGUUAAUCCCUGUUAUCAAGGGCUGAUGUUAAAGUAUACCUCCUGGAAUUUGGUUUUGGUUUCCUGCCCCACAGAAACCAGAACUUAAUUGAGUGUUAAUGUCUGUUCUCCAUAAAAAAACAUGAUGUUUAAAACUCCUUGGUCUAGACUGUCGUGGGUUCCCUGUAACAUGGUGAGCUCAGGCAGUCACACAUUUGUGUCUGCCUGGAGAGGGUUUUCUUCCUGUGCUGUUCCCGGGACCUGUAGCGGCUGGAAACUACUUCGCACCAAACAGUUUUGCUGAAGGAAAGGGAGUUGGCCCUUCUUGUUGGCUACCUCCUGUGGCCCUUAGGCUGAGAUUGUGGACUUGACCCAGGACGUGCCGGACUGGAUAUUGUGUUUUCAGCACACUGACGACCCUGCAGGUAGAACGUUAAGGUUGUGUUUCUGGUCUCUGAGACAUUUUCUGGAUUUUGGAACUAGUUUGUUGAAAAUAUUCCAUUACCUUUGUGUCUUCUGGUACUGAGGAGACUUUGUUAAAAUGCAUUUGAAUCUCAAGCUAAAAGGAAAUUUUGUUUCAGGUCCUGACAAUGAGUGGUAAAUAGGGGAAUUGAUAUGGAUUAACCCUGACAGAAAAGAUGCCUGUCAAGUAUACAUCUCCUUUGCUGUCUGCCAUCCCCAGGCAACUGUAAGGCUCACCCUGCUCUGCUCACCUGAGCCUGGGGCGUGGGGCAGGGGGGUAAGGGGAGGAGCAGCAGGUGUGAGUCAGUGAGGAUGCUGGCAGAGAGCUGAGUGUGUGGGGAGUCUGGAUGGACCAGUGGGCAGGUGGUUAUAUUGAAUUGGGCAGGGGGCAGUGGGGAUCCUGCUGAGGUGGCCCUGCUGACUGCUGGCCCUCAGGAACAGUUCCUGAUGUUGGAAGAUCUUGGCAUCCUCCUGUGCAUUGGAACCAGCCCAUCAACUGAGUGCGGCUCUGAAGUGAUGUGCUGCUGACUGGUUGGGUGGGAAGCUUUGCUAUAUCUAGAGUCUCCUCGGCAUUAGUCCUGUGUAGCUGCAGAGAGUACUGGCCGUGUCUCACGCCGUCAGGAGUUAAGGAGCACAUGUCUGGAAAGAGCAGGAAUGACAGUGUGAGGGAGCACGGUUGGCAGCCCUGCCAUGGAGGGUGCUUGGAGAGGGUUCAUAGCUGAGCUGAUAGACCUGUUUGGCGGAAGUAACAGAAGCCUGCUUGAACCAGAGGCUCAGUUCUGUGUCACUUUCUUUCCAGUUUUCACUCUGGUGACUCCCUAGGAGCUAGGAUGAUGGUGCUUGUGGCUCUGAGCAGGUUUAGUGGGCUCAGGGUGGGUGGGUGGGAGCUAUUUUUUUUGUCCUCUUGCCAUUGCCUGGUUGGUCUGUGAGGAUCUGCAAUUUCUGGUGAUUUGCAGAGUUCAGUUAGUGCCGAGCCCCUCGUCUCCUGCCACCUGAGGGUGGUGGUUGUCAGUGUUAAGAGCUAAGAUGCUGAUCAGCUCACGUCCUGGCCCUCAGAGAAGGUGGGGGAAUGGAGAGCUGGCCUGGGUGUGCGGGUGGAUUUAAAGUCAGGUUGGUAGGUUUCAGUUUUCUCCCCCAGACUCUUCUUGAGAACUUGUGAAGUAGCGCAUGAAAUCCUGUUUCUCAGGACCUUAAAAGGUCAUAGCAUCUGUGUGCACAGGAAGGGCUCAUUGUUAUUGCAUUCCUGCCCUUGUGGAAACCCUGCUGAACAAAGGAAUGAUUAGAUUCCUUUGAUCUUGAUAAAUUUAGAAAUAUCCUUAGGUGCUUUCCUAAAAUAUUGAUGUUGUUUUGAGAAAUUUUUUAUUAAACAUGUCUUAUAGUCUCCUAAGGACUUCCCUGGUGGCUCAGACGGUGAAGCGUCUGUCUACAGUGCGGGAGACCUGGGUUCGAUCCCUGGGUCGGGAAGAUCCCCUGGAGAAGGUCUUUACCUGUAUCUACUUGUGCGGUCACAGAUGUUCUGUGGACACUGGAGGGUGAAAGCCCCAGGGUGCCCCCUGCUUCCUGACUCCUUGUUCCUCAUGCAUCUCAUUUCUGGCCAGCACUGCCUCUGUCUGCAGACCUUGACAAGUCACAGCAGAAACCCCCCUCAGAGCAGAUUGUUUGGCAGUCAUUUGCACAGAGGGAAGUUCUCUUGUUUUUCUGUAAGUCAGGCUCUUGAGAAGCCAAAUUCUCAGCUUCUCAUUGAGGGUAAGGACAGCAGGCAGAAAGUGAGGAGCGGAGGUGGUGAGACUCAGCUGCCCCCUGCCACCCGAGUGUGCGUGGUGUAGAUGAAGGUGAGUGCCCCGGCUUGGCUGCAGGCGGGGACCUCUUCCUGGCAGUCUCUGACAGAUGGUUCCCGGGAGCCAGCGGGUGUUCAGAUGGGCUCCGCAGGUGCUCUGUCCCUGGAGGCCCUGGCAUUUCUCCAUUGGCAUCCUUGCUCCCAUGUGGACAAAACAGUCCUGGGCUCCCAUCCCUGAGAGGCUGGGAGGGCUCCCAGUUCUGGUCCAUCGUGCCCUCAACAUUUUGGUUGCUUAGAAACCUGGAAUCUUCUAAUGCAUAAUACACAUUCCAUAUUAUUUGCUCUUAUUCCUCUCACAAAUGUAAACCGAUGGUUCCUGAAUGUUGAGAAAAACGGUGGGAGCUUUUCCUGUGUUAGCCUGCAGGAUGAGGAAUUUUGUUUGGUUCAUUUAAAUUUGCCCUGAACUCUGCUGAAUUCCCAUGCUGGCAGAGCUGUGAUUGUCUCCAGCUCUGAGAGGUGGGAUCCACGAGUCACUUUAUCACAUUGAUGGAGACAAUGAUUCAGUCCCUGUCCAGGGUUUUUAUUCAUCAGAAAAGCGUUGGGGCGCAGACCUCUGCUCUUUAAUCUUCCUGUGUGGAUAUGAUAGACGGUUACGAGGACCUCACUAACUAUUUUUUGUUUACUUUUUAUAUGUAUAAAGCUUUGAAGUAGCUUUUAAAGUGUAAUUUAU